AUGAAACCCUUUGUAACACGUUUAUCACUCAUCGUUUUCAUUCCUCUCAUUCUUUCACUCCUGUUUCUGAUUCUUUUUCAAAAGGAACCUUCUAUGGCAUCCUAUGAAAUAUUUGGAGUGAAGAUAGAGAAGAAUCCAUCAAAAUCCAAACUCAAUGAACUUGGUGUUUCUUCAUGGCCUAAGUGGGAAGGUGGUCCAUUAAAAAUUCCAUGGUUCUUUGAAAAUGAAGAAACAAUGUAUCUACUUGAAGGAAAAGUGAAGGUGACAGUUGAAGAAUCAGUUGGAUCCUUUGGAAUUGGAGGUGGUGAUUUAGUUGUUUUUCCUAAAGGAAUGAACAUUACAUGGGAAGUAACUGAACCUGUCAAGAAGCACUAUAGCUUGAAAAAAGAAUGA